CCACCCGAUCUGCUCCCGGGAACGAAGGUCGCCGAGAUUUCCGCGCGAAGACGCCAGAGGCGUCGCGCGAUUUUAACUCCAGACAGGCCAGAGCGCAUGGUGGCGUUGGUCAUCUGGACAUCAGGUCAUCCAGUCUUCCAGACAGGCGUAGUAUCCGACCAGUCUGCAGAAGCCGGAGUUCCGUGGAGCGGAGUGCUAGGGUGUUACAGGGAGUUACACGCUAAGGUGGUGUUGUAUCCCCUUUAAAGAUAUUGAGAUGGGGUUCUUUGUGGCUUUCUUCUUGCUGGGCGUCUGGGCGUCGGUGAGGGCCGAGGAAGGACGCCUAAUGGUUCCCGCUUACUUGGCUCCCCUGUCAGACAAGAUGGUGGACUACAUCAAUUUCAUCAACACAACCUGGAAGGCUGGCCACAACGAAGGUCACCGGGACUUGGAAACCGUUCGGCGCAAAUUGGGGGUAAGCCGGGACAACCACAAGUACCGGCUUCCCGAACUGGUGCACGACACCCUGGAGAUGGACAUCCCAGCCCAGUUCGACUCGAGGCAACAGUGGCAGGACUGCCCCACCAUCCGGGAGAUCCGGGACCAAGGAGCGUGCGGAUCCUGCUGGGCAUUCGGCGCAGUCGAAUCAAUGUCAGACCGACACUGCAUCCACUCUGGAGCCAAGAACAUCGUGCAUCUAGCCGCGGAUGACGUCCUGUCCUGCUGCUGGGGUUGCGGUUCGGGAUGCAACGGUGGCUACCCGGCUGCCGCUUGGAGCUACUGGGUUGAGAAGGGCAUAGUGACUGGCGGCAACUACGACACCGACGAAGGCUGCAUGCCCUACCCUGUCCCUUCCUGCGACCACCACAUCAACGGGACCCUGGGGCCCUGUGGCCAGGACCCGCCCACGCCCAAGUGCGUGCGGCUCUGCCGCAAGGGAUACAACGUAGACUUCAAGGACGACAAACACUACGGUAAAUCUUCCUACUCCGUGCCCAGCAACGAGACCCAGAUUCAGAUGGAGAUAAUGAAGAACGGUCCCGUGGAAGGUGCCUUUACUGUCUACGCAGACUUCCCCCUCUACAAGUCCGGCGUGUACAAGAGCCACUCGACCGACGCCCUGGGAGGUCACGCCAUCCGCAUCCUGGGCUGGGGAGUGGAAAACGAAGUCCCCUACUGGCUGGUGGCGAACUCCUGGAACACCGAGUGGGGCGACAAAGGAUAUUUCAAGAUCCUACGUGGUUCCAAUGAGUGUGGAAUCGAAGAGGAUAUUGUCGCCGGCAUCCCCAAGUGGUAGCGUCGUGCUCCGACUCGACAGCCAAAUAAACCGAAUAUGUGUCUCGGUCA